AUGCACGUGUUUGAUGUGGAGCGAUAUCCCCUCCUAGCAAAAGCGCUGUAUGCUCCUAAACCAUACACAGUUGCCGAUGCCAUCACCUUUGAGGCUUCGAUGGGCCUCGAUGGCGUCGUCAUAGUCCAACCUUCAGGCUACGGCAACGACAACUCAUGCCUCCUCGAUGCCCUCCACCAACUUGGGCCACGAAGUGCCCGGGGCGUUGUGAGCUUUGACCCUGCGACAACAUCUCCAGAAACUCUUCGGGAAUGGCAUGGCCUUGGAAUUCGUGGCGUACGCGUGAACCUACGGUCCGUCGAAUGGAGUCCUACAGAGGCUGAGCUCACCUCUGUACUUCGCGCAUACGCAGAUCUCAUACGGCCUCUCGACUGGGUCCUCCAGAUUUAUGUACCGUUACCAACGGUGAAGACCCUAGAGAACAUCAUACCAGAACUCGGAGUCCGAUUCUGUAUUGAUCACAUAGGUCAUCCACCGUUGAAUGAAUCCGGGCUCCAAUAUGCUCGGACUCGAAAUCCAUAUGACCUUGACGGCUUCGGAUCAUUAGUUCGCCUUCUAAAGGGGAAACAGACCCAAGCCACCGACUACGAGGAUGUGGCGCCUAUUGCCAAGGAGGUGCUGAGGGUUGCAGGCAAGAGCCAUGUGGUAUUUGCAACUGAUUGGCCACAUUCUCGAUAUGAAGGCCUUGAUAUCUCACCUUGGGUACAAAAGGUGCUUGAAUGGUGUGAUGAAGACAAAUCCCUCGUGGAGAGAGUCUUUCGCGACAAUGCAAGGGAUUUGUGGGAUAUCAGAAAUUGA